AUGUGACAACUGAUAGUGUGAAGCAUGCACCACUAAGGACUCUGGAAUCGAGGGGAAAUAUAAAGGAGCUUAGCUGUAUUUUCAUACACUGGAUUGUCAGUCUCGGUUAGACAGCAGAUUGCAAACAACGCAAACAGAUGCUUAUUGUUAGAACACAGCUCAAAUAUUGCUGCACAUCAGAGAGCAGAAUAUACGCUUAUGGAAACCAAUAGUAUUUAAAACAAACCCUCGAUCACAAGCUCAGAGGAAACCAAGCAAACUGAGAUAGAUGUAUUAGGAUAUUAAGAUUUACUCCUGAUUCCCAAAAAGGUCACAUUUUGUGAAUUCUUGAUGUCAGCUUGGUGGACUGGAGAAGACACUUCCCCAGAGGGAGAAAAAAAAUUGGGUAAUUCUGCUCAUUAUAGAGGACAUUCAAGAAAACUGGACAGAUAACAGGAAAAUAAAUGACAUGCAAUAUCUCCCAAAAGUCUGCAGGGUUUUGUCCUAGUUCAUCAAUUACACUUCACAAAAGGUCGAACAGUCUUCACGUGCUCAGUGUGCAUGGCAUUUUUGGACAAGGUAAUUGAAAGGACAGGGAACCUGCCGCUCACAUGGAAUAUAUGUGAUUGCAAAUGUGCAGUGCUUGGUAACAAAUGAUCUGGUGAUUAAGCUUAACGGCAGUAAUUACAGAAUCUUUAAAAGAUCUACUACUGUGCAGAGGGAAGCAAUUCAAGAUGAAGGAUGUAUCAUUCAAUGCUUAUUUUUUUAUAUGGCUUGUAGUUACUGCAAUAGUGCAAACUGUAGGGAGAAAUAUGGACUGCCCAAAGUUAUGCAUUUGUGAAAUCAGACCAUGGUUCACACCAAGAUCCACUUAUAUGGAAGCUCCAACAACAGACUGCAAUGAUUUAAAUCUAGCAGUACUGCCACAAAUAUUUCCAACUGAGACACAGGUUUUGUUGCUGCAGAGUAAUAAUAUUUCAAAAAUCGAGAACAAAAUAGACUACUUGACCAACCUUACAGAGAUAGAUUUAUCCCAAAACAAUUUUUUAGCUAUCCAUGACAUUAAUCUAGGAAAGAUGCUUCAGCUACUGUCUCUGCACUUAGAAGAAAAUAAGCUCAAUGAAUUGCCUGACAACUGCUUGCUUGGACUCAACAGUCUGCAAGAACUUUAUGUUAAUCAUAACCAGAUUUCCAGCAUUGCAUCAGGAGCAUUUACAGGUCUUGAUAAUCUUCUCAGACUCCAUCUUAAUUCUAACCAAUUGACAAUGAUUAAAAGCAAGUGGUUUGAGGCUAUCCCGAGCUUGGAGAUUCUAACAAUAGGAGAAAACCCUAUUUCUCGAAUUCAAGACAUGAGCUUCAAACCUCUCAACAAUCUGCGAAGUCUUGUCUUAGCUGGAAUGGAACUCUCAGAAUUGGGGGAGAAUACCUUGAUUGGCCUAAAUAACUUGGAAAGCAUUUCUUUUUAUGACAACAGACUUAUCAGUGUUCCCAAUGCAGCUCUUCAGAAAGUUCCUAAUCUCAAAUUUUUGGAUUUGAAUAAAAAUCCUAUUCAGAGAAUACAACGAGGGGAUUUCAGAAAUAUGUUGCACUUGAAAGAGUUGGGCAUUAACAACAUGGCAGAAUUGGUUUCUAUUGACUGUCUUGCCCUUGAUAAUUUGCCUGAACUAACAAAAAUUGAAGCUACGAACAACCCAAAGCUUUCAUAUAUUCAUCCAAAUGCAUUUUACAGAGCACCCCAACUGGAAACAUUAAUGCUCAACAGCAAUGCACUAAGUGCCCUCUACAGGCGCACAGUGGAAUCUCUGCCCAAAUUGCAGGAAAUCAGCAUACAUAGUAAUCCAAUCAGAUGUGAUUGUGUAAUUCGCUGGAUUAACAUGAAUAAAACACGUAUUCGAUUUAUGGAGCCACAGUCUUUAUUUUGUUUUGACCCACCAGAAUUCAAAGGUCAGCACGUUCGAGAAAUUCCUUUCAGAGAAAUGACAGAUAUGUGCCUUCCAUUAAUAGCUGCGGAAUGUUUUCCUUCUGAAAUAAAUUUGAACAGCGGAAGCUCAGCAUCUCUACACUGUCGAGCUACAGGGCAGCCAGAGCCCGAAAUCUACUGGAUCACACCAUCUGGUGAUAAACUUCUUCCUAACACUGCAACUGCUAAAUACAAUGUACACCUUGAAGGAACACUGGCAAUUUUUAACAUAAGCAAUAAGGAAGCAGGCUUGUAUACUUGUGUUGCACAUAAUUUGGUUGGAGCAGAUUUGAGAACGGUUAUCAUAACAGUGAAUGGAUCAUUUCCACCAUCUGUAAGUGAAAUAAUGAAUAUUGGAAUAAAAGAAGUAGCGGCACAUUCUAUCGUGGUCACCUGGAAGGCAGUUUCGAAUAGUCUGUCAUCUAAAAUUAAAUGGUCUGCCAAAAUAGAUUUCAAUAAUCCCAAAAUUACUUACACAGCCAGAGUUCCAACAGAUAUACGUACAUAUAACCUAACACGUCUGAAUCCAUCAACUGAGUACGAGGUAUGUAUUUAUAUAAUUAACAUUAAUCAACAAACGGAAAAGAAAUGCCUCAAUGUCACUACAAAAGGAUUAGUGUUGGCAGUAAAAUCAAACAGGAAAAGUCCGACCUCAGCAUUUAUGGCUGCCCUUGCUGCCAUCUUUGGUACCAUUAGCAUGACAUGUCUCUACUUCUGUGUGACUUGGAAGAUGAAGUACAACUUUGGGCACAGUCGUUUAGAAAAGUAUGUACAGAAUAAAGCAACAUUUCCCUUGAACAAAUUUUAUCCUCCACUUGUAAAUCUUUGGGACAAAGAAAAAACAAAGGAUGGGCCACUGGAACUUAAAGCCACUGUAAUAGAUGUAUCAGCAAACUGUUCAUAAACUUUUUGUACAACAAAAUGUAAAAACAAAAAGGCCAGUUGUAACUGGACUGCUUUUAAAUGUUGGGUACAAAAGAACACAAAAAGCACAGAUCCUGCUCACAGUACUAACGCAUAGGGAGUAGGAGAUACACGAUCUCCAACACAGUGCAUUUUUCAUAUGAUGGACAGAUGCACCAACACUAACAAGGUGGAUUGGUGAGGGUCUAGCUCCUUAAAGAAUGACAAGAAAAAAGAAACACUCACCAGCCAGUACGAGUUGUAACAACUUAACAUUUACUCUGUUAAUGUGAAACUGCUCACUUCAGUCAAAAAGAUAUGGUACAAUGGCACACUGAUGUUUGGUCAAGGCUAAAAGCAUUUUUCCUGUAUUUAACUAUGUAAUGUGUAACAGUAGUGGACUGUACUAGUGGUUUCUGAGCAAUACCUCCUGUUCCAUUUUACUCAAUACUUUAGUUGGCAGCUGUUUAGAAGCUGGGCAGUUAAAAAUAGAAUGUCACAUGUGGUGUUGCUGAAUGGAUGCAAUCCGUUAGACUAGAUCUCACAACCAGUAAAAUAAAUGUGAAAUGGAUUUUUUUGGAAACAAGAUGAACAUUUUUGAAUAAACUCACAAUUAUGUCUG